UGUGUGUUUUGUCCACAGGCACAGAGGCGUCUGCCUUUCCUUAGUCUGAACCUAAUUCCAGCAAAGAGUUAAUUGGCCUUCUGAGAAACCCGAUCGUGCCAUGUCACCGGCGUGGAGGCUUAAUCUUUAUCCUCUCCUCUUCCCAGCCCCACUUUAUUUUUGCUUGUUUUCCUUCAGUGGCUCGCGCCGAAUUCUCUCUUUGCAAAUAAAGGGUCAGGGCGGAGUAUCUGGUUCUGGCAGGGCAGGGAGUGGAGGUCCGCAGGGGAGCGAAGCACGAUCGGCCUCCCUGACAGCAACCUGAAAAAUAGGACUUGCUGCUGGAAAGGAUCGCUAGCCUGACCCGGUAACGUCUGGCUUCUCAGACCACUUCGGCAACCUGCUCGCCUUUGCCUGUCAGGGCAAUUACGGGCCUGUCUGGGAAGGCAGCAGGCGAGAAAGGGUUUGGAGCGUGCCCAUGGGCGUAGCCAGGAUUUUUGUUUGGGGGGGGGGUAGAACCUAAGUUAGCUAGGUAUUUUUAUUUAAGGGGGGGAGCUGCUCUUCCCUGCCCUCCCCGGCUACGCCCUUCAACGUGCCUAUUCCGCUCUACUGAGCCACGCAAAGUAGUCGCAGCCAGACACGUGCUAAGGGUCGACGUGGAGGGAAGGCACGGGCUCCCCAGCCAGCUCCUGCUGCGUGCCAGGAAGCCAGAACCCUCAGGCAUGAAUUUUUGCCGCCGUGUUCUCUGGAAAGUAUGUAGAAAGAUGCCAUGAGAUUUGACUUGCCCUUUGAUCCCCAAGAAGACGCACACUGAGAUGUAAUUUUGCAAACUUGCCAUAGAGAAAAAAGGGAUCAGGGUUAAAUGAAUGCCCUAUUUUCAUUUAGACCUCUGCACCCCUUUCCAGGGACAGUCGCAUCCACUCAGGAUACAAUGUCACAUGGGAACAUUGCACAAGUGUGUAUCUUGCUGUAGUUCCAAGCUGAAGAAUGCGUAAGCACAAGCAAGAGCUUCCAAAUGUGCAAUAGUGGAAAAAGACAUAUUUAAAAAACAAAUAACUGAGUGCAAUGUAAACUUUUUUUCUGGAGAAUACCAUGUGAGAAGUGGUGCCGUGAAACUUAAAAUCCUGCACGUCACACAGAAAUCAUUGCCUGCAGCAUCUUAUGAAAGUCAAGAGACCCACUAAGAUCAAAAUUAGAGUGAUUUCAAGAAUGGAUCCUUUAUAUGCGAGUUGUCAACGUUCCUUUUGGAACAUUCAACCCUGCUACAGGACAAGCUGGUUUGAACCUGUUUAGGAGAGGUUUUGACUUAUUGAUUCAUUCAUGUACGACAUAUCUUGGUCACCUAUUCAUCCUGUCCUCUGGGCAGCUCACAGCAGUUUUAAAAUAAAGCCAUGUCUCUAAAGGCAGAGAGUGAAGUUUACAGGCAGAGGCACCAGAUAAGGAAACAGCUUAUCCAUUUAAAGCCUCCUAAGCUUUUUAUUUUUAUAUUCACAAGUGAAAUCAGAAGUGUGGAAAAAAAUACCACUGUUUUUUUCCUGGUCUCCUCUGCCUCUUUAGAACAUAGAAAGAAAAUUGACCUGAGUUCUGACAUCCAAGAUGAGAGCAGGCUGGAGUUUGUUUGUACCAUCUAGUGGUGCUGGCCAGGACCUGGGCUACCAGAAGAGUCAAUACAAUGCAAAGUUUUGAGGCUGUGUAUGUGCCAUACACUUCAAGCACUUUACCCCCUUCUGAAUCCUGGGAACUGUGGCUGAGAAUGGGAACUAAGGAUCCUGAGAAUUGUAGCUCUGUGAGGGGCAAACUAUAGUUCCCAAUCACCUUAUUGGGGGAGAAAGGAAAUGUGCUUUAAACGUAUGGUGUGCUUUAAAUGUAUGAUGCCUAUGCAGCCAAUGUGUCCAAACCCUUCUCCUGCAAGGGAGAGGCAAAACUCUGUGCCUGCAGGGCCCACAUGCUGAGGCAACCUUUCUGCUUAGGAAGAACUGUAGGCUGAAACAGGAACUGUGAUGCUAAAGCAGCCAGUUUUAAUGGGUGUUUUGAGAGCUCUUGGCUUGGGACUGCAGGGGCGUGAAGGAGAGAGGAGUGAGGAGUUAGCAGAAGGAUGGAGAAAGAGAACCACCCAGAGAAGAGGAGGGGCAAGGGGGGAAUAGGGAGGGACAGAGCCGGGAAACUGAGAGGCCCCUGCACAGGAAAGUCCAUUGAGCUGCAGAUGUUUGGCAGCUGCAGACAGAGGAAGUGCCUGAGAGGGGGGUGAAGUUCGCUGGGCUCCAGAAGGCAGAACUGGACGGGACAGAAGCGCCUGGAGGCCGCAGUCUUGCAGCAUGGCUCUUCCACCACCUCCGUCCUCCCCUCCACCGCCUUGCCCGCAGUCGAGAGAGACUCUGAGCCUGAACAGGCCCUUCUUGAGAAGUCUGCUGGGAGUGCUGCGCAUUGCCCAGCUGCUGACGGGGGCUGUCUGCUGGGUGACUUUAGCAGCGCACAAGUAUGAAGGAGCCACCUACUUUGCGGUCUUUGCAGCGGUCCUGUUGUGGUUGCUCACCUUGGCGCUCUUUGGGCUCAGCCUGCUGGGCCGCUGGUCUCUGGUGCCGGUGCUGGGGACCCGCUGGCUUAUGACGAACCUAAUGCACGAUCUGUUGCUUGGGGUUAUUCUCUCUGCAGCUGCUGCAGGCAUCCUGAGCCAGAAGGCACAGAGUUUCAGCUACUGCAACCUGCCAGGCUACAUGUGGCCCUGCAGUUACAAAGCCUACCUGACUGCUGCCGUCUUUGCAGGUAUCACUGCCUUCUUUUACCUAAUUUCAGGACUCUACUGCCUGGUACGACAUUUCCAGGGGCACAAGGAUAUCUGAGAGAUGCAAGAAGGUAGGCUGAUGGGCAGGGAUGGACAGACCCUUCUUCAACCAGAUGGACAAGCCUUGUACACAUACAGUCCCCACAGACUACUCCUUGUUCCAGAUUCAUCGUUGCCUUCCUGAUGGAGAGAAGAAAACUUCAAUAGACUUUAUUGGGAGAGGGGGAAUAAUCCCCUAUGUCCAUGGUACUGAUGGAUGCUCUAUACCCUUCAUCAACGGAUGGACGCAUGCUUUCAUGACCCAGAAGCUAGAAAUGGUAUAUCCUUCAGAUUAAACGUGGGAGCCAGAUUGUGGGUCUUCCCCGUUUCUUUUCUUCCUUCACUUGGCAGGUGGGUCUCUGGGGGUCCAGAAAGGUUUGGCCUGAUCUAUGAUUCCAGAAUAUGUGGUUGACAUAAGGUGCCCUGGAAGCCCUUGAUCAUUCAGUGUUAUUCAUAAUCCUUAUAGGAGCAGAUUUAAUUUAGUUUGUAGUGUUUGUCCAUAUGUUUUUAUGCCAUAUACAUAAGAUCUCAUCCUCUCACAUUUAAUUAAUGUUUAGUAAUACUGAAUAUCCACCCUUUAGGGUGCUCUGUUGGUAUAUUAUUAAUAUUAUCCCAUUUCAGAAGUUAUAUAAGCAUAAGCUUAGAAACCACCCCCAAAAGCUUCCAUUGCAUUCUUUUCUUCCUCCAUAGCAUUCUGUUUUUAAUCAGAUAUUUAUAAAUGAUGGUUCUUAGUAACUUUUUAUUUUAGAUAUGACCCUGAUGUGGACAUUGUGACAUUUAUAGCAUAGCAUAACUCCAGUAACCAGUUUUUACUUUUUAAAAAUGGAUGUGUUGAGGCUCAUGUCUUUUGGAUAUUUGCACUCCCUAACCUGUAUUUCCUAAAUGUGGGGCAUUGGCUUUGCUGAUUAAAGCAAGAGGCACAUUCUCUUUGCUUUUGCUCAGAUGAAGUUUCUUUGUUCUUACUAUUAGAUAUGUAAGCUAAAUACUGACACCAACAAUGGGAUCCAGAGCUGAGCUCAUGAGUCCAUUUCUGAGGCCUGGCAAUCCCUAGCUCAAAUUACACACACUGUGCCCAUAAAUGUCACUCUUGUAACUUCCUGAAUUAAUUAAUGCUUCAGUUCCUUGAAAUCUUCUUGAGCCAUUGCCUCAUAUUUGAGCAAGCCACCCCACAAACCAAUUGGUCAUAAAUAAUAGGAAACAUUGGAGAGUUCUGCAACAGGUUAUGUAGUGAAGAAACAAAAGAGGCCAGAGAGCAGGGCCCUCUCACAGAAAUUGGAGUGAGGUGCUGGUCAUCAUCUGAGGCCAGGAUUGGAAUCCAGGUGGAUCAUAGAUGUGAAUCUACCCAGUGUGGCUCUAGAUGAGGUUGGGGCCAAACCUUGAUAUUUGGUAUCUUUAGGAGGCAAGUACUUGGUUAUUACCAUAGUUCUGUGAUCUGCAAAGACUUCCUAAAGAUACCCAAAUUCAGGUUCCUGCUGAAGAAGACUAAUAGUGAGUGUGUGUGUGUGAGAGAGAGAGAGAGAGAGAGCUACCAGAUUCCAGACUGUUCUUAGCCCCUUUUAUGGCAGGGUCUGUAUCCUCCUGCUCCCAUCAUAUUCCAGAGAAGGAGGCAUAUUUUAUUCUGCAUGAAACAUCAAGAUAAAUCCUACCCUGGAUGGGAGAAAGAAUUGAAAGAGAACCCCAGGGUAAAAAUUUGCAGACAGGCACUGCAGCUGAAUGGUCGACCGUGGAGGAAAUGUAAUUACUGCAAAAGCUGGCUCUGGGCCGGAAAAGGGGAGGAAAAUAUUCCUAUGGCAACUGUGAAGAGAAACAGUUACAUCACAUGGAAGACUUCUAAGAGGGUCAGGGUGCAGAGUGCCCGAAUUCCCCGUGCUUAGCAGGGAAACAGGAUCCAGUGCUGUCGGGUACUACUCCCGCAUGUCUCAUGACUUUACAUGAAAUAUAAGAAUGUGACAGCACUAACCAUACAAACCUUGGAACUAGGAUCAACCCCCAGUUGCUACCAUGUAAACUGAAGGUUUCAUCAUGCUCACGGAUUGUCACACAUUGGAUUUCACCACCACUGGAUUUCUCUGAAAUAUAGAAGUGCCUUGGAUAAGAGACCCCUGCACCCCUUUGACUUCUACUGUUUGUCUAAUUGUGCUAAACUCCCAGAGCAGCUACCACAGCUAUCUUUUGCUAAGAUGCUACAUCUAAUGUGCCUAUAUAUCCCUACCUUUUUUCAAAUGGUAGGAAUAGGAUCAUUCUUGUUGGAGCCUCUUUUCCCUGUGAUAAAUGGACCCUAUUCCAGCAACACCAAAUGAAAAAGCCCACUUCAACCAUGCUUAAGAAAUCAUAUCUCAGAGUGGACCGCAGGAGUUUCCCAAAAACCCUUGGCCUCCAACCUCUGGACAUUCCUGACUUUCUUCCUUCUAUUCUACAUGUAAUAAAAACCUUGCUCCCC